AUGAGGGUCUGCUUUGGAUUCAGUCUCCCCAUUUCCACCAUUCUUGUCCUGUUGGGGUCAGGACUGACAGUUAACAGCAACACUCACUCCCUCACUUACAUCUACACGGCGCUCUCCAAACCUGUCGGCCUGCCGGGCAUCCACCAGUUCACAGCCAUGGGUUUGCUGGACGGCAGGAUGAUCGACUACUUUGACAGCGAGAAUCAGGAGAAAGUUCCCAAACAGCAGUGGAUGAGAGAGCGUUUACCUGCUGAUUACUGGGAUAAAGGCACACAGUCCCGCAAGAGCAAGCAGCAGUGGUUCAAGGUCAACAUCGGCAUCCUGAUGGAGCGAAUGAGACAGAAUGACUCAGACACUCCUCAUGUUCUUCAGUGGAUGCACGGCUGUGAGGGUGAAACUCAGCCUGACGGCACGCUCAGGUUUGUCCGAGGCAUGGACAUGUACAGCUACGACAGAGACGACUUCCUGUCCUUCGAUGAUAAAUACGGAGUCUGGGUCGCUCAGAGUCCGGAGGCAGAACUCACCAAGAGGAAGUGGGACGGCGUCCAGGUGCUGAAAGAGUACACCAAGGGAUACCUGGAGAACGAGUGCAUCGAUUGGCUGAGCAAGUUUGUGUAUUAUGGACAACAGCAGCUCAAAAAGAAAUCUCCACCCGAGGUCUCCCUGUUUGCAAAGACCUCCAGAGUGGACACGAGCAUGCUGACGUGCUUCGCCACAGGCUUCUACCCAGCAGACAUCGUCAUGAGCAUCAGAAGGAAGGGGCGUGUCCUGACUGCAGGCGACGGUGUGAUGAGUUCAGGAGUUCUUUCAAAUCAUGGUGAAACCAAGAGAAGAGACCGUGUGGAAGUUUUAAAGUCUGAGCUGUCUUUGUACAGCUGUGAAGUCAUUCAUGAGGCGUCCGGUGUGAAUGUUACGAAGGUUUGGGACCGCAGCCUGCUCCGUCGCUCUGAUGGAGGCGGAGCGUCGCUCGCUGCUGUGCUGGGAUUGGUCCUGCUGGCUGUGGUUUUCACUGCUGUGGUUCUGGUGGUGCUGUACAAAAGAGGCAUCUUUGGCCACGCUGACCACAGGAACAGUGGCGCUGUGUGCGUCCCUCUGCAGCAGCAACAGUAA